CAUGUUGCAGCUAAUGAAAUGAUAGUACCUGACACCCUUGACCUUCUGAACAAUGUCGUACAUCGGUGGACAAGCAGCUGCGAGUCCGAAACCCGGCACCGACUUCGUCGUCAUUGGCGCAGGCAUGUCGAGAACGGGCACCAAGUCGUUCGGGGAAGCUCUUUCAAUCAUCUUGGAGGGCCCCGUCCAUGAUGCUGGUGUGCAAUGCAACGCCGGUCACAGGGUAGCUGGUGAGCGGUGGCUUGAGGUUCUGGAGCUUGGCGCGAUACCUCCGGAGUCUAGGACCAAGACGCAACACAACAAGAUCCAGUAUCUUCUUUCCGAGUUGACCGAGGGCUAUGUGGCAACGGUAGACUGGCCAGCCAACUUCAUGACUGAGGAGUUACUACAGCUGCACCCCAACGCUGUUGUCAUCUGCACGACGCGUGACCCCGACUCCUGGGCUAAGAGCUUGGCCAUUCUAGGCCAGGUCAUGAACAACUGGUACUUCCCAUUCCUCGUCUCGGUCCUGCCCAAGGUGGGCCUUCACUCCCGGUGGAGGGAAGGCUGGGAGAAGAUGGUCCGAUCUCGUUACCAAGUACCGAGCAGUGCUAGCGAGCACUUUAACAUCGUCAUUCACGAGGACUAUCUUCGCAAGGUUGUGCCCAAGGAGAAGUUGCACUUCUAUACUCUGGGGUCAGGGUGGGGCCCCCUUUGCGAGAUCUUGGGAGUUCCUGUGCCUGCCAUCCCCUUUCCUCAUUGCAACCGGGGCGACGACAUUCGGAGGACAUAUCGCAACUUCAUGUUCGCUGGUGCUGCGGCAUGGACGGGUAUCUUUGGUUCGGCUUUUGUGGUUUGGUGGUUGCUGGCGCGUAAAAACAGCAUCUGGAGCAUCGUUUCGAUGUUGAAGUCCGCGACAUCGCGCAAGAGCUAAAGUUUAGAGUGUCAUAUAAAUGCUGUUUUGAUUCGGC